AUGAAAACCAUGAUAGCGAUCAAAGCCACCUCCUUCGGCCGCGCCGAGAUCGUCAGCGACGUCGCCAUCCCCUUUAUAGAAGACCAUCCGGGCUACGUGCUCGUCAAGACCAACUUCGUCGGUAUCAAUCACUGCGACCACCAGUUCAUACACCACCCCGUGCUGUUCAACCCUGGCCUCACCAUCAGCGCCGAGUUCUCCGGACUGGUCAUGGACGCCGAGCAGGGGUCCACGAGGCUCAAGAUCGGUGACAGAGUCGCCGGAUACACGUUUCCGAGCGGCGAUCUCAGGCCCAACGCCGGCGCCUAUGCCAAGUUCCUGCUUGUGAAGGCCGACGCGCUGCUUUGCGUCGUCGAAGAAUGGGCAGCAACAUGGCACUGGACUGGGCCUGUCAUGUUUGAGGAGGGGUCGCACGGGAGGCGGACUAUCCUCAUAUACGGCGGUGCGACAACCACGGGACGCAUGGCGGUCCAGCUGGCGAAGCUAUCGGGGUUGAGAGUCAUCGCGACGUGUUCACCCGUGAACUUUGAACUCGUCACCCAGCUUGGUGCCAAUGAAGCAUUUGAUUAUCACGAUGCGAGGAGGUGCGCUGGGGACAUCCUCAGCGUGGACGGCGAAGUCGAGUUGGUGUUGGACUGUGUCGGUGGCUUCGAGUCGCCACAGAUAUGUGUUGAUGCCAUGGCGGCCGGUGGAGCUUACUAUUCGGUCACCCCAACACCGUCACCGCGGACUGAUGCCAAAAGCAGCUUCGUGGCCGGCAACAAAGUGCUCGGAGAGUCGAGCCUUUUUCUGGGCAGCACGUUCCCGCGGACCUGGAGGCUUUCGAGGGUUGGAAGAAAAUUCGUCCCGCUUGUGGAAAAGCUCAUUGCCGAGGGCUUGUUGAAGCUUCGGAUCAAGGAGCUCGGGGAAUGGAACCACAACGUGUCCAAAUACGUGGCGCAAGUGACUGGCAAGUGUCAGUGGUAA